CUCACUGGACGACACAACUGUUCAGACUGCUCAUUUUGUGGUUUCACAAGCGUGACAACAGCUGAUGAUUGCUCAGAAGUGGGAUAACGGAACUGGUGAUGUUAUGUAUUUGGGUUAAACAUAUUACAGCUACUCACACGAGAUGCAUGCAGUUAAUCCGGUUGUUUAAUCAAUUAUAAUUUAGCUGGCUGGCUCGUUUGCUGACUGAGUCAAGUAACAGGUUGAAAACUAAGUUACUAGCUAACAACCAACAAUGGAACUUUCAUAUCAAGCCAUCAAAACAUCAAAACAAGCCAGAGAGGCAGAUGAGAUGCGAACAGAGGCCAGAAGAAGAAGUUUACUUGUACUCAUUUUCAACUAUUUAAUGGAUGAAGGAUAUGUGGACACCGGCUGCACUUUAGAACAAGAAACCAACUUAGGCUUGCGUAGGUUUGAAGUCUGCGACAAUGUGGACUUGGACACCAUCAUCAUGGAGUAUGAGAGUUAUUAUUUCAUCAAGUUCCAGAAGUAUCCCAAGCUUACAAAAAGAUUACCAGAAACAGGUGACAACAAAUCGACAAGAAUUUGUGGUAAAAAGAGGACCCCCUAUACAGGGACUCAAGCCUUACCCAGGAUAAACUCCAGUCAGCGGCCCACAUCCAAAUGCGGUCUGAAGAAGACGGAGUCCAAGAUGGCCGUCAGGGACGUGGAUAAAGACAGUGGUGAGAACGGUCUGUCCGCCGCACACGAGACGGCGGAGUUUGGGUUGAACGUGUCGCCCAUCAUGCGGAACGGGGCAGCGGAGGAGGCACAGGUGAAGCGGGGACACCUGAUUGACUAUCGAGGCCUGAUCCAAGAUGCCAUUAAAGGAGCCGCCUGCAAUACCACAAAUGGUUUGAGCUGCAACCCUGAACCCUCGGAGCGCCUACUCAAGCCGCUCAGUGCCUUCAGUGGGAUGAACAGUGAGAUGAGGGAGCUGGCCGCUGUCAUCAGCAGGGAUAUCUAUUUACACAACCCCAACGUGCGGUGGGACGACAUUAUCGGGCUGGAGGACGCCAAGCGAUUAGUCAAAGAGGCUGUCGUCUACCCCAUUAAGUAUCCACAGCUGUUCACAGGCAUUCUGUCGCCCUGGAAGGGUCUCCUGUUGUACGGACCUCCUGGCACGGGGAAGACUCUUCUGGCCAAGGCUGUAGCCACUGAGUGUCACACCACCUUCUUCAACAUCUCCACGUCUACCAUCGUCAGCAAAUGGAGGGGAGACUCUGAGAAGUUGGUUCGGGUUCUUUUUGAGCUGGCCCGGUACCACGCCCCAUCUACCAUUUUCCUAGAUGAGCUGGAGUCGGUAAUGAGCCAGAGGGGAACAGGACAAGGGGGAGAGCACGAAGGCAGCCGCAGGAUGAAGACUGAGCUUCUGGUCCAGAUGGAUGGACUAGCACACUCCGAUGACCUUGUCUUUGUGCUGGCGGCCUCCAACCUACCCUGGGAGCUGGACCACGGUAUGCUGCGGCGGCUGGAUAAACGGAUCCUGGUGGGGCUGCCGUCUGAAGCUGCUCGCCAGGCCAUGAUCACUCACUGGCUGCCUCCGCUUAGCAACUCCGGGAGCGUAGAACUGCGCACCCAGCUGGACUACAGUGUGCUUGCACAGGAGAUGGAAGGUUACUCCGGCUCGGAUGUAAAGCUGGCAUGCAAGGAGGCCGCCAUGAGGCCCGUUCGGAAGAUAUUCGACGCUCUCGAAAAUCAUCAAGCAGGCAACUCCAAGAUGCCCAUCAUUCAGCUGGAAACCGUCACAACUGCAGAUUUCCUGGAUGUGCUCGCGCACACAAAACCCUCAGUCAGGAACUUAACAGAGAAGUAUAUGGCCUGGGAGAAGGAGUACCAGUCAGUGUGAGAUGACACAUCUGCACUGUGCACACACACACACACACACAUGCACACACACUCAUACAUACAUACACACACUAACACAUGCACGCACGCGCACACAUGCAUGCACGCACACACACUCACACUUAUAUACACACACACGGAGGUGUACUGUGCUCUGGAUGUUUUUAUUCCAGCUUCUUGCACAUGUACUCCUUGCUUUGUGAAACCCUAUCAGUGGCGUGUGCUGCUCCCCCUGCUGGACAGAUGCAAAAGAGCAGCUGAAAAAUGUGUAUUAAGCAAUGGAAAUUCUGUUACAGGUGUGAUGCAGUCAUUUAAACUCUACAGAAAAUGUCCCAUCUUGUGUAUGCACUACAUUAUCACUAGAGUUUGUGUCAGUGGUUUAUUCCGAUUUCUUACGCGUUUUUAAAACCAACAUUUUUUGUAGGUGAUAUUCUGGAUAUUCUGAAAAGUAUAACUGCUCUUUUUAAUGUAACAGAGCGGUUAUACUUUUUCCUUAAAAUAUUUCCCAAAAUAUGUUUUCAUUCUGUUUUGAAUUUUUCUAACAUUACUUUUUAAAUAUUGUACUAAACAAAUCAAAUAUUGGCCAGCACAGGAGGCAAUGAUGACAAUACAGACAAAAUCUCAAUAAUAAAAUGGACAAUUCAUC